AUGACACAGUUAUCCAGCAUGCGACAAACACGAUCAAGGGCGAGGGACGUUAAACGUGAAGACGAAGUGGAUGCUGCUCUCAACAUUAUGCAGGGAGCAGAUACGCCAACAGUUGACGACAGCGCUUGGGAAGAUGAAGACAAUUUGACGACACAGUCGAGAAAUACCACACCAUUGCGACAGAAUCGAAGUGGAACGCCUCGUAAGCGCCGAACGAAACCAGGAAGUAGCCCCCGAAAGCAACAAUUCGCGACACCAGUUCCUAAACCGCCAACAGACGAAGGGAGUGUUGCAACGAGGGAGCAAAUUGCGAACCCUAAAUCUUCAACGGAUGGUGUUGCGAUUAAGGAGCAGAUAGCGAAGAGCGCGUUGGAGGGAGCAGUGUUUACUGGCCGAUAUUUGCUCGAUGUCGUUGGAACCGCCCUCUUCCUUAUGCGCAAACCCCUUUCCGUCCUUCUCGGCCUCUUUCUGCUCUCUCUCAUAUUAGUCCAGGCGUGGACAACAAUACAAGGUGCAUUCGCGCCUCUUUGCAUCCUUCCCGGCAUUUCAAGGACGGCGAUCUGCCGGCGCAACACCCGUGUUGCGGAUUCUGACCAACAAGCACCACGUUGGGCUGAUUAUUCAAGGCUCGUGGACGUUCAAAGCAGAACGUUCGAGGAACUACUCGAAGAAUCUCUUGGUGGAUCAUCGUUAUCACUGGAGAUAAAGAAGGCGGAGAUGGCCACUACAGAUUUGGUGACUCUUGUUCGCGUGAGCAACUUUAAGUCGAGAGAUAUGUUGGCGGAAUCCCUGGUAGAAUUUGUAGACGAUGCGAAGAAAACCGGGAGGGGCUUACAAAAGCUCACCUCCAAGAUUGGCGGGGCAGUUGACAACGUCAUGGCAGUGAAUGAUUAUGCGCUGCAUGCAAUCGAGGAAGCCCAAGCAAAGGCGCCAUCUCGAUUCUCUCUGCAAUCCCUUUCUCCCUGGACUUCUGCUAGACGAUCCACAAAAGAGGUUGUGGCCGAAACGUUCGGUCAAGCUAUGAAUGUCCUUUCAGGCAAUAUGCAACGCUUGAUCUUGGAGGCAGAGACUAGUCUCGUUAACUUGAACUCACUUGAAGAACGCCUUACAACGCUUCAAGAAAUGGUUACCAGGGAAGACUCUUCCUUAUCCACGGCGAAGGAAGAACUUCUCGUGGAACUAUGGACAAAAUUGGGGGGAAAUAGGAAGACGCUGCGAGGCUUCGAGAAGCAUUUGAUCCUCUUGAAGGAUCUAAAUGUAUAUCGGAAACAAGCACUUGUCCAUGUUGUGGCGGCAUUGCAGACGCUGCAGUCAAUGAGCGAGGAUAUGGAGGACCUGAGAGAACGGGUGGCGGCUCCCGAUCUCGUGGGCUCGCAGAUCCCAGUGGAGGUCCACAUGAGAAGUAUUAGAAAUGGGCUGGAAAGGUUGCGGGAGGGAAGGAUCAGGGCGAAACAUUUGAGCGAGGAAGCUAUGUACCGAGUAUUGGGGGGCGAGAGGCCGGAAGAUUGA